AAAAUUGGGCCAUAGGCGUGCGCUACAAGACGAUUAUUAUUCGUCUCAUUGGAAUACAAUAUUAUUAUACCCACAAUCAAUUGAUUUAGUUUCUCAAUUUACCUGCAGCACUUGCUGUGGUAUACCAAUUUCUGGAAAAUGGCUACCAUAUCUUUUGCUAAAAGUUUGGUUAACCCAGCUAUCAAGUUGCUGAUCAAACAGAACAACUGCUCUCACAUUCGAAGUGGUACCGGUUUCCAUGGCCUGACUCCAUUGAGUAUUAUUCUUAGACGUAAUUAUGCAGAAAAACAAGUGUUUGAGCGAACCAAACCCCAUUGCAAUGUUGGUACAAUUGGACAUGUUGACCAUGGAAAGACUACUCUGACAGCAGCAAUAACAAAAGUAUUAGCAGAUGCAAACUUAGCUCAGAAGAAGGGUUAUGCUGACAUAGACAAUGCACCAGAAGAGAAAGCUCGAGGUAUUACCAUUAAUGUUGCUCAUGUUGAAUACCAAACAGAAGCCAGACAUUAUGGACACACUGACUGCCCUGGACACGCUGACUACAUCAAAAACAUGAUCACAGGAACAGCACAAAUGGAUGGUGCUAUACUAGUAGUUGCAGCUACUGAUGGAGUCAUGCCACAAACAAGAGAGCAUCUGCUUCUAGCCAAACAGAUUGGUAUCCAACAUGUUGUUGUAUUCAUUAACAAAGUUGAUGCUGCUGACCAAGAGAUGGUAGAACUUGUUGAAAUGGAAAUCAGAGAGCUGAUGUCCGAGAUGGGCUAUGACGGUGACAAAAUACCUGUGAUCAAGGGAUCUGCAUUAUGUGCAUUGGAGGGUAAGAGCCCUGAAAUAGGUUCCGAUGCUAUUACCCAACUGCUGCAAGAAGUUGAUGCCUUCAUCCCAACCCCAGUUCGUGAAUUAGACAAGCCAUUCCUCCUACCGGUUGAGUCUGUACACUCUAUCCCUGGCCGUGGGACAGUUGUCACUGGCCGCUUGCAUAGAGGUGUUCUAAAGAAGGGAACGGAAUGUGAAAUUGUUGGACAUGGAAAAGUUAUGAAGACUACAGUCACUGGUGUUGAGAUGUUCCACAAAACUCUGGAUGAAGCCCAGGCUGGAGAUCAGCUUGGUGCUCUUGUCCGCUCCAUUAAACGUGAACAAAUCAAGCGUGGUAUGGUAAUGGCCAGACCUGGCACUGUUAAGGCCCAUGACAAUAUUGAAGCUGCCGUCUAUAUCUUGAGCAAAGAGGAAGGUGGCCGAUCCAAGCCCUUCACUUCAUUCAUUCAGUUGCAAAUGUUCUCAAUGACAUGGGAUUGUGCCUCUCAAGUUGUUAUUCCUGAUAAGGAAAUGGUCAUGCCUGGUGAAGAUGCUACACUGCGUUUACGUCUUAUGAAGCCAAUGGUGUGUGAAACAGGUCAAAGAUUCACAUUACGUUUGGGAGACUUAACUCUUGGUACGGGUGUUAUUACAAAAAUCAACAAUAACUUAUCUGAAGAAGAAAGGAUUAAGAUUUUGGAAGGCAAGAAGGCCAGAGAGAAGGCCGCGUCGAAGAAGUGAAGUUCUUAGUUAUAAAAUGUUAAGCUUAGGAAUGUAGUUCAAGUUAUUGUACGCAUUUAACGAUGUAAAGUUCAAUAAAUUAACAAAAUCUGC